GAAACGGAACGCGCAGCUGUCAGGGUGAUAUUGGUCAAUUGCAAAUUCAGCGAACAGUAAUUUGCCCUCUCCGCAAAGCGAUUGCAUAAGUAAAUGAAUGGAGUAAAAUAAAAAUGAAUAAAAGCAAUAACAACGCGAAACAAACGAAACUCACAUUCAAACGACACUCGAAGAGCAACCUCAUCGACUAUGAGCGAAUGCAGUUGACUGCUGCCGAUUUAACAGCUCCAAUUCCAACAGCAACAAUUCCAACAACGACAACGCCAAUUACUCAAAAUGCCAAAAUGCAGCUCAAAUUGAGCACCAGCAAGAUAAGGCUACAAAAUAGCACCACACAACAACAACUACAGCAGCAGCAACAGCAACAAUUGGAUUCGAUCAGCUUGGAUGCACUGCGUCGCAAGUCGGCGCCACAGCUGCUGACCUUUAGCAUUGCUCCGCAGCUGGCGACUGCAUUUGGUGAAGUUCAAAUUGUGCCACGUCUGCCGGCCCACAAGCUGAGCAGCAGCAUCAGGCGCUCGCGGACCCUGGGCUUACAACAAGAAGACCUACAAAAUUGUGUGCAGCUCACCUCGGCGGAGAGCAACAGUGAUCCGAGCAGCAGCAGCAUCACCGGAGGUAGUUCCACUUCACCCGAAUCGCUGUUGGACAACUUGCUGAGUGGCGCCUCUGCCACCACUGUGCAGAGUAGCAGCAGUGCCAGUGAUAUUACUGUGGCACCACCACCACCACCACCAGUAGUACCACAAGUGCCCCUAGCACCACAAGUACCCCUAGCGCCACUAGCACCCCUAGCACCACCCAUUGCGAUGAUCAAUCAAAGUCAGCUCCGUUCGCCGGUGCCAAAACGAGUGCUCAGCUUGAAGGCUUCACCGGAGUUGCGUAUAUCGCCGCCAACGCCGGAUAGCGGCAUACAUCCGGAGAUGAAUUCGAUGCUGCUGCCAGCAUCAGGCGCUGAAUUCUAUGACAACACAUCGAUGAUCUCCCGCAGCCGUUCGCCAUCGCCGGCGGGCACGCCACAGGCAACGCCAUCGCCCAGCUUCACUUUGCCACCGGCCAGCAGUUAUGUGAGCAUCAGUUUUCCGGAGGAUCUCAAGUGUGCCAUAUGCAUGGAUGUGUACACAGAUCCACGCACGCUGCACUGCCUACACUCGUUCUGUCUGCAGUGCUUAGUCAAUGAGAAUCUCAAAGAGGAGUCUCUGUGGGAAGAUCGCUCCAGCUACAGCAUCAUCUCCUCCACACCAGAUAUAACCAGUGAAUUGGCCACAGUUUCCCCGGCCAGGCAGCGCGGUACAAGUCUCAGUCUGCGCAGCAAGAAAUCCUUGGAUCGCAUGGUGCUUCGACAGGGCAAACGCUCGAACUUGGCCUACACCUCCGCGAGCAUUAUGAGUGAGCCGGAGACAGUGCGGUGCAUCCAUUGUCACCAUUGCCAGUACACCACGGAACUACCGGCAUUGGGCGGCGUGCGACAAUUGCCGCAGAAUUUUCUGUUGGUGCGACGCAUUGAGGCACUGCGUCUGCAGGCUGGUGAGGAUGUCAUCUCUCGCGUCUGGUGCUCUCUGUGCAGCGAGGAAAUCAGCGCCACCUAUCAUUGCAUUAGCUGCACCUUGAAUCUCUGCACGCUGUGCAAGGAUGCGCAUGAAAGGCAGCGCAGCACGGCCAACCAUCGCAUGCGAAAUAUACUGGAGUUGAGGCGUGCGCGCAAACAGAAGCAGCAACAGCUUGGAUUGGGCGACAACAGUCAUCUGCUGCUCAAGUGUGGUUUGCACGGCUUUGAGCUGAAAUCCUUUUGUCUGCCCUGCCAACAGUUGGCUUGUCCGGACUGUCUGGUGCUGCAGCAUCGUAAUCAUCGGCAUGAGCUGGUCGCCAAGGCAUUUCUUCAGCUGCAAGUGAGCAAGCAACUCAACGAGGCAACGGAUCAGACUCGUCCACUGUGCCAGUAUGCAGAGCACUCCAUUGAACGACUGCAUGAGAUCACGCGCGGCAUAAAUGCCCGCUGCGAUGACAUCCAGGCCCAGGUGGAGUCCUAUAUGAAUCGCUAUUUUGAGGCACUGCAAGCGCACCGUAGCACGCUUCUCCAGCAGAUCAGUCGCGCCAGGGAGUCCAAGGUGGAGCUAAUAAUUCAACAACAACUCGAGCUGGAGAAACGCACGCAGCUGGCCAUGGAUGCGAUACGCUUUAGUCAGGAGCUCUGUGACAUUGGCGCCGAUGUUGAGAUUUUAAGUUUUGCUCGGAUUCUCCUCAAGCGCUUCGAAUAUUGUCAACAGUUUAAGCCGCCAGUGGAUCCCAAGAUAUCGGAUUCAUUGCAUUUUCUAGCCAAAAUACGAGCGCCUGGCAAGAAGGAUCAGCAUGACAUACCCCUGUAUGGCAUUAUAACGAUGCAAACCGUGGAGCCAUCAUUGUGCACCCUGGAAUGGGAGGGUUUCUCGCAGCUGCGCCUGCACAAGAAGGUGGAUUUGUUGCUGCUGUCACGCGAUGUGGAUGGGGUGGCGCUGUGCCAUGGCGGGCUGGAGAUCAAUUGCAUGAUUAAGUACAAGGAUGCGAGUGCCAAGUUUUUGCCCAUUGAAGUGUCCGAUCAUCGGGAUGGCACCUAUAGCAUCUCCUUUACGCCGGACACGCAGGGUGCGCUGGUGUUGACGAUCUGCAUCAAUGAACGGCAAAUCAAGGGCAGUCCUUUCACCUUCCAGUCGCGUCAGGUGCGUCCGCAUAAUGGCAUCUAUCAUUGUUGCGCCUUCUGCUCCGGAAAGGGUAGCAAGAGUGUCAAGUGCUCCUGCGAGGGUCGCAUGCCCGGCUACAGUGGCUGUGGCCAUGGACAUGCCGGACAUCCGGGCCGGCGGCAUUGGUCCUGCUGCGGCAAUGUGCUGGAGAACUCUGAAUGCAAUGUGGCCAACAAGCUGCUGAAUCCCUAGUUCAAGGAACGACAAUCACGAUGUUGAACACACAUAACUUCAUGUUUAUUGAAAUUAAAUCUUAUGUUAAGAAUACAUGAGGUUUAAAAUGGGAUAUUAAUAAAAAGGAUACUUAUGAUUCACCUCA